AUGUCAUCAGCUAAGAUAUUGAAACAUUCGGCGAUUGACUGGAACAACUCUGAAGAUUGCGAGCAACGACAGCUAGAGGACUGCACUCAGUUUCGUUUCCAACACUCCGCGGUUGGAUUCGUCACAUGUAGAGAACUCGAUUUUGGUGCGAAUGGUGACGACUUGACUGGUGCAAUUUCAGUUGAGGUGCCAGUGGAGGCGGCCGAAGUGGCUGAUCGCGCCGAUGAGUUUGUUGCAAUGGUUUCAGCAAUCUUGUCGCUCCUGUAG